AUGGGGACCGCAAACCAAAGCUCGGGAAAGAUGAAAACAAACUUUGUGCCACGGGUGAAUCAGCUCGACUCCAUACAACUCGACAAUGAGAUAACAAACCUUCUGCGACAGCAGAUACAGAACAUUCUACAGGUUCUACCGCCUGGUUUGCUGAGUCACCUGCAGCCAGAGAUAAACUUUGUGUUAAAUUCCGCACUAUGGAACUUUUCAAUACGUACCUCGUACGCCACCUUUGGCCAACAGAUGCUUUCAAUAGCGUACGAAAAGGAUCAGCUGACGCCGGAAAAGUUAGCCUUUCAUUACUUUUUAACAACCGUUUUACCAUACGCCAAAGAAAAUUGCCAGUACCGUCUGAUAGGAUGGUCACGGGUUCAGCAGCUGGUACAGCUAGCCGAGAAUGCGCUGGUACUGUUUAAUCUGGUAAACUUCUUCAAGUUUCUUCGUUCGGGCACUAGACCUUCGCUAGUGGACUGUCUGCUGCGUAUCAACCAUCGGUCGCUGGAUGGAGCCAAACGACGGAACAUCGGUUACUCGUACAUGACGCGUGAGUUGGUGUGGGCCGGCUUUAUGGAGUUGCUCGGAUUUACCAUCCCUUUCGUAAAUUACCAUGCGUUGAAGCGAAAGAUAAGGAAUUUGUUGCGACUCGAAGCGACUCAUCGGCAGGACGAACGGGUGGAACUGAAUGCGGAGACAAAAUGUGCGUACUGCAAUGAGCGGGUCAUACUGCCACACCAUAUGGGAUGUAGGCACGUGUUUUGUUACCUCUGUCUGAAAGGUAACCAGCUGGCUGAUGCGGGAUUCCAGUGCAAUGUGUGUGAUUAUCGGAGUGAUACGUUCAAGAAGGUGCUAGUGUUGUAAGCCAAAAUUGUUACAUU